AAUAACUAGAUAAUUAGAAUGCAACGCGCAAUUAACCGGAUAAUGACAGUUUCCUCGCUUGCUUGUAAUGUGAUGUUUAAUAUUCGAUGCAGCAAUCCAUCGAAAACCAAGGAAUAUCAUAGAAAUGGGUCGUGCGAAAACUCCUAAAGAGAUACGUGUGGAGACAUGGCUUAUCAGGGACAAAAUAAGUCGUUAUCGUGGAAUUCUGAAAUUGCAUGCACGUGAUAAGAAACUACAGCUAUCGCAAGCAACGAAAUUGAAAUCAAUAGUGUCCAGGAAAGUCACGUCCCUAGAUGUCGAUGUUAAAAGACAUCGUGAAAUCGUCAGUCAUCUUCACGAUGGUAAACAGCACAUUCUUAGAUUGCUAGCCGAUCAUAAAAGAUUCUACUUGGCGGUCAAUCGCCUAAAACCAUCCGAAAUUUAUGCGGCAAUAUAUCAAGAUUGCAAUUUGAAACGACGCCUCUUAGAUAAGCUCUAUUAUGAGAAAAAGAAAAGAUUGAAGCGAGGUAUCGAAUUACAGCUGGAACAUCACGUUCUUUCAACUGAACUCGAGGAGCAAAGCGAAUAUCGACCGAACUGCGAGCAGCAACGAUUAGUAGCACAAUUACAGCGAUCCAUCGCCAAAUAUAACGCAGCAAAAGACAUAUGUUCUACAUACUGGUCGAUGCUAAAUAUUCUGAAGAAAGACGCAAUAUUUUUCGAUACCUUAAUGAAUAUUUUGAAAGAGGACCAAUCUUCCCAAUGCAAAGUGAUGUUGAAGGUAACAGUGAGGGGUCAACUGGCAGCAGAGAAUCUGGACGACGUCAGACAAAAAUAUAAACGAAUGUCUCGAAUCGUUUGGUGUAAUAUGAAAAUUAGAGAACAAAUGUUGAGUACGGUAAACAGCCAGGUGAAGGAUUUGUGGACUUACGCACAGUCAUUGGUGCGUGUUGAGAGCGAUCACAUUUUUAUGAAAAGAGAUACCGAUGUAUUUAACAAAACAUUAGAAAAUCAGUUAGCAUAUUUGGAAAAUAUUUGCACUGAAGUGAAAGACGUUCUACUCGUGCGUUCAUAUCAUGACCUGCUAUCAAGGCUUGAAAAUCAAUCUGAGCACAGGGUAGCUUUGCUAGCGCGAUUAGACAUCAAUAUAAAGAAUCGCGAGGUUUUAUUAAACAAAAAACAUCAGGCGUUACAAGUUCUCGAGGGUCUCAAGUAUUCCACAAAAGAACAAUAUAAGAUAAACGGUAUACAAGAUGUAGUGGAACAAAUUGAAAUCGAGAAGAAACGUGAGAAGGAUCUUAAGGAAAAAAUAACAGCUCAUGGCGAAUUGCUCACGAAUAUCAGAGCGGCCUUACAGAAUAUGAAUAUGAUGUUGCUUUGCGUCAAACACAGCAUCAAAGGAGUGGUGAAGAAACCGGUCAAAGACGGGAAUAAGAAAGAACUAAUCAUAACCAAUGAUAAAGAAGAUAUAGAAGAACGCGACGCGUUAACAGAAAUCGAACGAAUGGACACAGAUGUUUUAACGCUGAUAUCGAGAAUCAGCCGAAAAAUAAACAUUCUCUUCAAUAUUAGCAACUUUGAGCUCGAAGAGAAGGAAGACGAAGCUCGGGAUCUUUACCACACCUAUGUAUCGAAUUAUAAUUCUGAUUUGAUAUUCGGAACUGGUGAAGAAGAACCGAUCGGAUUAUUGGUUGAACAUGAGAUGGUCGACGUUACUAUUCCGACGCGAGCAGACAUCAAGUAUCACAGCAGGCAGAUUCUAGAGGCACACCUGAAACUGGAAUAGAGUUUAUCGCGUCAAAUCUCAUCACAAUAAAAUACAACAUUUGAAAACAACUUUUAUUUAUUGUACAAUAUUCUGCAU